AAGUGGAACUUUGUUGAAAUUUCCAUGUUUCCAAUAUGUUGCGAUGUAUCUGAAACAUUUAUUAGUUUUGUAAGCUGUUAUCCAUCAUACCUUCAUGCUUGUAUUGCAUAAGCCGCAUCCGAAGAACGUUGGCUGCAACGGGAAAACCCAAAAAGACGUAGGAAACACGAUCGUUGGAACUACAUAAGACAGGGUCAUCAAGAUCCACCUUGUAUGUAAGCUAGGAAAAACUAGGAAUAAGCCCUAUGCGAUGGCCUCUGCAACAUCUCCAUUUGCAUCUAGUGAAAAGGAAAAUUAUUACCGGUUAUACCGCCUUCUGGUUGAAGUAGGAUCUGAGGUGUUGAGAGCGACAUUUGACAAGGUUCGUCCUUCAGGGGACCUUGAUAAACUCUUAGCUAAUCCUCGAAUAACUGCUAAAUUACGGUCACUUUGGGAGAAAGAAGUCCUCAGCUCUUCACAGUGGGACAAACUGUACCCCUCGGUUCGAUCUGCAGUUUCUUCAAGGGACUUUGACACAGCCCUGCUAGGAAUUCUUCUGAUGAGCAUCUGUUAUCUUCAUCCACCUGAGACAGGGUGGAAUGAAUUUCCCUGUAUCUCAGAUACAACCAUCCAUGCGGACAUCAUUCGCUUUCGAUUCUACUAUGUUAUGAUUCACAAUCUCUCUAAAGAGGCUGCAAUUGAUGACACAGCAUUUAACUUCUUCUGGAAGAAUAUCCAAGAUAUCUUAGUGCGUUUAGGAGGAGCAUUUUAUAAGAAGGCUAUCGAUGAUCUUAAAAGGGAACUUUUAGACGCUGCAUGCGAGGAGCACUAUAACAUUCUCUUUAAACAAGAGGCUGCGAGGAAAGAUAUUUCUCCCGUGGAGAGCCUACUUUUAUCAGCGAUGGUAACCGGAGUUGGAUUACUAACUGGACGUGUGCCAAUAUCAGGUGAACUAGUACCCUUGAUCAUGGCUCACUUAUUUGUGGCCAUUGCGGCGUAUAAAUCCGACGAAGGGGAGAGAUCGCAAGAUGUCAAAGCAAAGAAGAACGAGGAGUACACCAUUGUUCCCGAAGAAAUCCUUGCACGUGGACCCUUGACAUUGUAUGCUUACAACAAGGCUCUCAUGGAGGGAAAAACUAAGGUAAGAAGAUUGCCAAUCAUGUUAAUUGGACAAGAUCGGGCAGGAAAGACCAGUUUGAAAAGGUCACUCAAGGGAGAAAGGUUUGAUGCCAAUGAGAAGAGUACCUCGGGUAUAGAGGUGGAUCCCUUCCUUUUUGAAGUAACCACCGAGGUAUGGAGGCUGCAAAACCUCGAUCAAGUUAGUUGCUGUAGUCCCACCACUUCAUUUGAACACCAAGCAGCACGACUUGUUGCAAAUGAAUUGAUUGAUACGAAAGAGACUGGUAAUGGUACAAAUGGGACAUUAACUGACACUACGCCUAACUCUCAGGCCAAGUAUGAUCCCCCUAUGACCUAUGACAGCCUUCAAUUAAAUCACAGGAUUAGCCACACAAAUGACUCAGCCCAAGCGCAAAAGCAGGCCUUGACUGAACCUGGCAUGCCUGAAGAGUUAGUAGACUUAAUAAGAAGUCAGUUGUUCGAAGAUGUAAAGUCAGACGACGAGGAAGAGAUAUAUUCAAUUCUGUGGGAUUUUGGUGGGCAGCUGGUUUACUAUGUAACACACCCUCUCUUUUUGACAAAGCGAGCCAUCUAUCUCUUAGCCUACGACCUCAGCCGGAAUCCCAACGAUCGAGCUAGUCCAUCCGAAAGACGAGGAUUGUUUGGCAAUGUACAAGACAGGUUUUGUUUGGAGACCAACUUCGACUACCUGGACUCAUGGAUGUCAUCUGUGGCUUCCUUAGUCGAUCAUUUCAACGGUCAUUAUUCAAAUAUGAACCAAUCAGACAACCUGCCAAAAAAGCUUCCCCCGGUUUUCUUAGUUUGUACUCAUGCUGAUAGGGCAUAUAGUGAUCAAGAUCCUGCCUCGCUGGCAGCUAACAUCUUUGGAUCCCUUCAAGGUAAGCUGUACAGUUCCCACUUGUUUAAAAGUGUCUUUGCUGUAGACAACACCAAGGCGGGUACCGAGCACGAGUGUCCAGAAGUCAUACGUUUAAGACAAGCAAUCCUCUCAGUUGUUGAGGAGCUACCGCAUGUCAGGGAGGACAUUCCAUUAAAGUGGCUAAAAUUUGAAAAAGAACUACACCGCAGGAUCAAUGAGGACAUUAAAUGGAUCUCUUUUGAAGAAGCAAGGCAAAUUGCAUUUGAAACGUGCUACAUUUCUGACGAACUAGAAUUUACGACUUUGUUAAACUUUUUACACGACCAGCGUAUUGUAAUUCAUUUUGAUGACACACCAAGUCUAAACAAGAUGGUUGUGUUAGACGUUCAGUGGCUGAUCGAUGUUUUUAAAAGGGUAAUAACUGUCGAGCCGUAUGGUGUAGAAGGAAGUCAUUUUGAAGACCUUUGGCUCGAACUUGAGAAAACUGGUAUUCUACAUGAAGAACUGCUCGAGCACGUGUGGGGUACUUUGUAUCAGCAGAGGGAAACCUUUGAAAGUCUUACUCAAAUCAUGGAGAAAUUCAGCCUGAUGUGCAAAUGGCCAUCGACAAAUGACAGGAAGCAGUACCUUGUGCCGUCCAUGCUUAUGUCUUAUCCCUCUGAAGACGUAGUCAGUCUCGUUGCAUCUUCUCGACUUCCGUCUUUGUAUAUCUCGUUCCACUCCCGUCAGGUUCCCACCAGCUUGUUUCCGCGAAUGGUUCUACAGUUUUACCAGUGGUGUUCUAAAAAAUGGCCUUGUCCUUACAAACCACAGCUGUAUCGCAAUUUUGCGAGGUUCCUGGUCUUACCCCAGGAUGGUUGUUCUAUCAUUCUCCUGUGCCACUCUUCCUUUAUUGAAGUCGUUGCUCACCGUGCAUCAGAAGUUUGUGAUACUUCCAACAGCUCAAGAGGUAACACCGAUUUCUCUGCGACUGUAAGUGAUCAAACUCCCGAUUUGAACGUCGCACGGGCUGUGAGAAGGCAGUUGGUGUUGAUGCUGGAAUGUAUGCGCAAGGAGUUUCCUUGGUUGAAAAACAUGGAAUGGCAGCUGAAAGUGCUCUGUUCAGUGUGUUGCCGAGGGAGUUGUGUUGACUUUUGUCGUGACCAUGUAGUGAAAAACUGUAGGCAAGAGCAUUGCCUGCACUUCUGGUCAGAAGCCGAUUUUGCUCGAGAUCAACCAUUCGUUAUUUGUGCCAGGUCAGCCUGUGCUACUGAUCCCAGAAUCGACAUCAGGAUGUUUGCACCGUGGUUCACCUUUUUGGAUGACCAGAAAGUGCAACUUGAUCAUGAAGAGUGCCUUUCAAGAAAGCUUUGUACGGCAGAAGAGAGGGAAGCGAAAGAACUUUUUAUCUCGAGUGGUGCUCUCGAGUCCCUUCAGUCGAGCGACGAUGCUUCAGAUGUCGUCGUUCGAAUCCUUGAUAAGAUGCAGUUAAGCCAGGAGGCAUUGACAAAUCCUGCGCCUGAAACCACGAGAAUAAUCCGCUCCCUUGCUAGAAUGGCCAAGCGAGAAAAUCGCAGCGAAGUAGCAAAGCAUUUGAGGAAAAUAACUUCACCUGGAACUGCAGGCCCACUUUUACCUGAAGAACUAGAUAUUCAAAAAUUCCCCAUCGCCAGAUGAAGGAACUAACGAUCAGCUUGUGUGGUGGAGAUGAAUGGAAGCUGCUUGCAGAGAGACUGGGUCUGAGCGCCGUCGAGAUCUGUUACCUUGACAAGAGAACCAUAAAUCCAUGUCUUGAGGCUCUGAUGCACAGCCGUAGACAGCGUUUUAUUGACGUGGGUUAUCUUUACGAUACUUUGGUUGAAUUUGAAAAGCCCAUGUUAGCUGACUUGUUGUAAGAAACAAGCAACAUGCCAUUUACCUUUUAUACCAGCUCGUAACUUAGUGAACAACACAGUUGUUUGUGAGAGACCAUUGGAUUCUUGAGCAAGUAGGACUACUGUGCAUUUUCAAUGCAAAUUCAUUCGGGCAAAACAAGGCGAAUUUUUUUCUUUGUUUUGCGACCUAUUUCUCCUGUCCAAAUUUUUCGUUCAUCAGCAGUGUUUGCCCAUUGGUCUGGAACAAUCAAGUGUUGUAAGACAAAACCUUUCCGCAUUAUUAGUAAGACUGUGGUGGUGAUGCCACUGAAUUAUGAACUGCUACUUCCUUGUGAGCAGGCCAUCAGAUUUUGGCCCUAGCCUAGGUCUAAAUCAUUGUUGUUCUGCCUACAUGGCUUUCUAACACUAGAGUUGUGUAAACCAUUUCUUUGUACUCAGAUGCAGAAGCGUAAGUCUUAACAGACUGAGUUCUAGUAGAGUCCUAGCGAGGUAAAACGUUUGCAGUAGAAAUGAUAAAAACAAAAAAACAAAACAAAGAUAUGAAACCAAAUCGUAGGUGUCUUUCUUCAAGAACUGUUUGCGUUCCUGAUUAAAUAGCGGCUUUGAAACGAACUCGGCAAAGAAUAAAGCAUACAUAUCAGUUCA